AUGGCAGUAGAUGAUAGAAUGCCAACAAAAGUGUGGGAAUUUGGGAGGGUGUGGUGUUGGGGCAUUUCCUUGAAGAGCUCGAGAGGAGUAGUGACGAAGGCUCAAUUGAGAGUAGGCAUUGAUGAGGCAGUUCCACGAGACAGUAAGAAACAUGCUUUAAACAUGUUUCCCGAGAUGGGCUUCAGAGAAGAGGUGGCAUUUGGCAUAGAAGUUGACGAGGGUGUUGGACAGAAAUGGGCAGGAAGGGAAUACGCCUGUUUUGAGGAGGUGGGCGUGGAUGGACUUGCCUUUUGGAAGGUUUUUUCCGUGGGUGUAGUCGAGGAGCUUAGUGAAGAGGUGGCGGGAUUUGGAAGUUAG